CUAGUUAUUGUAUAAAGAAAUAAAAAUAAAAACUGCUUAUUUCCUUUUUCAGCAUACAAUUUUUUUAUUUUUAAUUCAGGGUGUUUGGAAACAAACACAUCCUCCAACAAUUUCGAGAACAAGAUAUGAUUAAUUGCGUACAGAAAAACCCUGAGCCCGUAACAAACACACCGGUGAAGAAAGGCGGCCAGGACUCGGAGUAGAGAAAGUUGUGGGAGAUCGCAGCGCCGCAGAAGAAGCGUCAGCAUUACCUUCAAUCAGCUAUGGAUUCCUCUUCCCAUCCCUCACAGACGGGUGACGUUGCUUGGAAACACAAGAGAGGACCCCCUUUCGCGUUAUUUGUUCCUCUUAUUUAUGCCCCUAUUCUUCCCAUCAUUCGAAUCACGCUGCGGAAGAAUCCGGUUCUGAGGGACCGCUUGUUCUAUGGUGUGUUGGCCGGCGCAUUCGGUCAUGGUUUGUAUUUGAUAACGGAUUUAUAUGAUACCGAGAAAAAGUGAAAUGUGCAGAUCAUGGAUUGGGAAAGUCUAUUUGAAUACUCUGUAACACAGCAGGACUAGUUCUUGUUCUUAUCUUUUUUUUUUUUUUUUGAUAAGCAAUUUUGGAAUUGUAUUCUCAUCAUGCCUUCUAAGGUGGAAUGAUGGCAUAUUUGUAUGAGAUGACAUGGUGAAUAAAACGAGGAAGCUGCUGUUUGCUAA